AAGGUAAAACAUCAAACAUUACAGUGAGGCGGUGAGUCGACGUCACUUCACUCACCCUCUUCUCCUUUCUUCGUUCUCCUUUCUUCUUUCCUUCCGUUUAUUAACACUCACACAACGUCUUCUUCUCCUUCAUCUCUCUCUCUCUCUCUCUCUCUGAAGAGCUCGAAGAUUCAUUCGAAGCUCUCACCGAUGAAUCUCUUCUUCUUCGUCUUCUCGCUCAUCACCUUCACCUCUCUCUCCACCGUCAGAUCUGACUCCUCAGAUCACCGUUACAAAGACGGCGACUCCGUUCCUCUCUACGCCAAUAAGGUUGGCCCCUUCCACAACCCUAGCGAAACCUACCGUUACUUCGAUCUACCUUUUUGUUUACCAGAUCAUUUGAAAGAGAAGAAGGAAGCGUUAGGUGAGGUUUUGAAUGGGGACCGUUUGGUUAGCGCGCCAUACGAACUCGAAUUUCAACGCGACAAAGAAUCUAUUCCGGUUUGUAAGAAGAAACUCACCAAGGAAGAAGUUUCGCGUUUCAGAUCCGCGGUUCGUAAGGACUACUACUUUCAGAUGUACUAUGAUGAUUUGCCGAUUUGGGGGUUUAUAGGGAAAGUUGAUAAGGAAGGAAAGGACCCUAGUGAUUAUAGGUAUUAUCUUUACAAGCACAUUCAUUUUGAUGUGUUUUAUAACAAAGAUAGGGUUAUUGAGAUUAAUGUUAGGACGGAUCCGAGUGCGCUUGUGGAUGUUACGGAGGAUGGUGAGGUUGAUGUGGAGUUCUUUUAUACUGUUAAGUGGAAGGAGACUAAUACUCCGUUUGAGAAGCGGAUGGAUAAGUAUUCGCAGUCCUCGUCGUUGCCGCAUCAUUUGGAAAUUCAUUGGUUUUCGAUUAUUAAUUCGUGUGUUACCGUGUUGCUCUUGACCGGUUUUCUCGCCACCAUUUUGAUGCGGGUGCUUAAGAACGAUUUUGUCAAGUAUGCACAUGACGAGGAAUCGGCUGAUGAUCAGGAAGAGACUGGUUGGAAAUAUAUACAUGGGGAUGUGUUUAGGUUUCCCAAGUUCAAGUCUUUAUUUGCAGCUGCCCUUGGAUCUGGUAGCCAGCUGUUUACUCUAACGGUGUUCAUUUUCAUAUUAGCACUUGUCGGUGUGUUUUAUCCCUACAACCGAGGGGCUCUGUUUACUGCACUUGUUGUCAUAUAUGCACUCACUUCUGGAAUUGCUGGCUAUACUGCAACUUCGUUCUAUUGUCAACUGGAAGGAACAAACUGGGUUAGGAAUCUGCUAUUGACUGGAUGCCUUUUCUGUGGACCUCUGUUUCUGACGUUCUGUUUUCUGAACACUGUUGCAAUUGCUUAUAAUGCAACUGCUGCACUCCCAUUUGGCACAAUUGUGGUCAUAGUUCUCAUAUGGACACUUGUUACGUCUCCUUUACUUGUAUUAGGUGGGAUUGCUGGGAAGAAUAGCAAGGCUGAAUUUCAAGCUCCCUGCCGUACGACUAAAUAUCCAAGGGAGAUUCCGCCUCUGCCGUGGUAUCGUGGAACAGUUCCUCAGAUGGCAAUGGCAGGAUUUUUGCCUUUCAGCGCUAUUUACAUUGAACUUUACUAUAUAUUUGCCAGUGUAUGGGGUCACAGAAUUUACACCAUCUACAGCAUCCUGUUCAUUGUCUUCAUCAUUCUCUUGAUUGUUACUGCUUUCAUUACUGUGGCAUUGACAUACUUCCAGCUUGCUGCUGAGGAUCAUGAGUGGUGGUGGAGAUCAUUCCUAUGUGGUGGUUCAACUGGCUUAUUUAUCUAUGCCUAUUGUCUGUAUUACUACUAUGCACGCUCCGACAUGUCUGGUUUCAUGCAGACCUCGUUUUUCUUUGGAUACAUGGCCUGUAUAUGCUAUGGUUUCUUCUUAAUGCUUGGAACUGUUGGAUUCCGUGCAGCUUUGCUCUUUGUCCGUCACAUAUAUCGAUCCAUUAAGUGUGAGUAGGCAUUUUGUCAUCUCAAGUCCACUAGAGCUAUAAUCUUCAUUUCAUAGGCAUUCUGUAGAAAAUUAUAGUAAUUUUGCAGUUGUUUUGUGUACUAUUACGGAGGCUGGGUUGGGUGGGUUUCUAGCUUCCAGAGCAACUUGUUAGAUGGCAAAGGGUGCUUUUCGGGAUAACGUCUGUACUACCAUAUCUUUAACUAAACUCUUGCAAUACUCUUUUUUUGGUCAUUUUCAACGUUCUUCAUCCUGUCAAUUUUCUAGCUGUGUCAACACAACCAAGUUCUACAGUGAUUAUG